CGAAGGCGCACGGGGCACUUCCUGCCAAGCUGUAUAGUAUAUUUUCAUCCACACUUCGAUAUACUAAAAUAGAUAACAUGCAAGAAGGCUAAUAACUAAGAAGUAAAGGAUAACAACUCCCCGAAAGUGUAUAGAAAUACUCCAUGACUGCUGUCAUUUAAUCCUAGUAAUUAGCUAUGUCUUAUAAUAUCACAGAAGUCACAGUAGUACCUCAGACGGGACAGAGACACACAGCUACACUUAUUUUCAUGCAUGGCUCGGGGUGGAAUGGCGUACUAUCCAAGAACGAUUUGGAAAGUGUUUUCGGCCAGGAAUUCACAUUUCCUCACAUUCGGUUGUAUACCCAACAUCUCCAGAAAGACCCUAUACACCAUCCAAUGGAUUGUUACAGCGUGUCUGGUUCGAUAGGCAGGCAGUGGACAUCAAUGCUGCAGAGGAUGUCUCCACCAUCAAACCCAUGGCAGAAGAGCUCAAUAAACUGAUAGACAAGGAAGUCAGUUUGGGAAUUGAUGUUAAAAGGAUUGUUGUAGGAGGCUUCUCAAUGGGAUCCAGUAUGGCUCUGCAAAUGGGCUAUUGUUUCCGAUCUGAUGUUGGAGGAAUUGUUGCUCUUUCUUCAUUCCUUAACGAGAGGAGCAAUGUUUAUAAGGUCCUGGAGUCAGUACCAGAGGUAGAACGCCCCCCCUUGUUCAUGUGCCACGGAGACAGUGAUAAAGUUGUUCCCUGUGCUUGGGGUGAGCGUACCUUUGCACAGCUACAACAGAGAGGAGUCAAGGGAGAUUUCCAUUCUUUUCCAGGCUUGAAUCACAGUCUUUGCAAAAGGGAAGUUGAGUUAAUGAAGAAAUGGCUGGUGGAUCUGUUACCUGAUGUGUGAUAACUGACUGGGACACACACACACACACACACACACACACACACACACACACACACACACACACCACACACACACAACACACACACAUCACACACACACACACACACACACACAACACACACACACACACACACACACACACACACACACACACACACACACACACACACAUUUAUUUUGAAAAUAUAUCUGUUUAUGUUACAGAUCAUACAUAACAAAGCUUGAAACUAUCAACAUAAUUUCACAAAACAUAGUAAAUCAUACAUGGCAUGAUUAAUUGAUUCUUUAUUAAUUUAAGCACUGAAAUGACUUUUCUGUAUUUACAAUUAAUUAUUGUUAAUCCCUCACACUGUCUUUAUAGUCUUCAGCCUAGUUUUAGGUUUGCAUGUGUUGCUAUAUGUAAUUACUGUAAAAUUUAGUAUAUAUUGUAUAUACUGACUCUGCAUAUUUUGGUAAAUGAUGCAUUACUUAUAUUGAUUAAUUCCUGUUCAUUAAAAAAAGGACACACAGUUACUUGUUCAUCCCACUAGUUAAUAGUAUUAAGUGCAUGUAUAGAUAACAUAUAUUGUUUUUAUGUAAUUGUGAUUCACAUAAUUCAUGUUGAUACAUAUCCUUUUGACUGAUAAUAAAUUUUAUGUAUUUU